CUGUGCUCUGCUUUUUUCAUUGUCUAUCUCACAAGAUUCUAUUAUCACCCUCACAGGCUCACUUUGCCAAUAAAUUUUUGUAAUACAAAAACCAAAACCAAAAAACAAAAAACAAAACCCCCUUAAAUGCACAACAUUCACAACACCAACACUCUUCUCUCUCAACGCCGAACCCCUUUUGUAGCCUACUUCUUCUUCAAUCCCUAAUAUUCAUCGUUCAUAUUUCACAGACAACAACCACCCCUCGUUUUGCACCCUUUUCUCUAUCUGCACCAAGGCCCGUUUUUGAUCGCACCCCAACUUUUCUCCCACCUAAUAUUUUGAUGCCCACCAUCUCCUCUGCGCAUUUCUGGGUUUCAACACUACGCUAUUGUUUCGCCCCUACACUUCCACUGUGUUGGGAUUCAACUUUUUCCGUUAGGGUUUUAACCAUCUAAACUCUUCUCUUGUUGCAACCAAGCAACUCUCUUAUUGUUUGAUUCAUUUGGGUGUUUUGCAAAAUCUGGUUUUGGUAACUUUUGGGGAUUCGUUUGGUGCUUGGUGGGGUUCUCUCAAAUUGUGCCGUUCCAUCUGUCUGUGUUAUUUUUGGGUAAUACCCAUAAUUGGUUUGUUGAAUUUCAAAGUUUUUUUUCCUUAUUUUUACUGUUUAAUGUUUUUUGACUACUGAGGGAAUUAAGUUCUGUCUUGGUCUGUUUGUUGUGCAAGGGGAAAAAAUUUCCCCUUCCGAACUCUGUGGAAGAACCCUGAGAUAAUAACUAUCGCCGCAAGCUUUUCUUGGUUUUUGUGACUUUGAAUAUUGGUUGUUUUGGGGUUAUCUAGAAGGAACUGUGGUGGUGGUGGCGUGUUCGUUUGGGUUGGUAGGUUUUGUUGGAAGUGUUGAAACAUAGGCUUGCAUGGGAGAACAUGAAGGGUGGGCACAGCCACCAAGUGGGCUAUUGCCAAAUGGUUUGUUGCCCAAUGAAGCUGCCUCCGUGAUACAGGUGCUUGACUCGGAGCGGUGGUUGAAAGCCGAACAAAGGACUGCAGAGCUGAUUGCCUGCAUUCAGCCUAAUCCACCCUCUGAGGAGCGCCGGAAUGCGGUUGCUGACUAUGUCCAACGGCUGAUCAUGAAGUGCUUCCCUUGCCAGGUGUUCACCUUUGGGUCGGUUCCCCUCAAAACUUAUUUGCCUGAUGGAGAUAUUGACUUAACAGCAUUCAGUAAGAAUCAAAAUCUGAAGGAGACAUGGGCACAUCAGGUUCGCGACAUGCUGGAGAAUGAGGAGAAGAAUGAGAAUGCAGAGUUUCAUGUCAAGGAGGUUCAGUACAUCCAGGCCGAAGUAAAAAUUAUAAAGUGUCUCGUUGAGAAUAUUGUAGUAGACAUUUCAUUUAACCAGCUUGGAGGUUUGUGUACCCUAUGUUUUCUUGAGGAGGUUGAUAAUCUGAUUAAUCAAAAUCAUUUAUUCAAGCGUAGUAUUAUCCUUAUAAAGGCUUGGUGUUACUACGAGAGCCGAAUACUCGGUGCCCACCAUGGACUUAUCUCAACUUAUGCUUUAGAGACCUUGGUUCUUUACAUUUUUCAUGUUUACAACAAUUCUUUUGCUGGACCACUUGAGGUGUUGUAUCGAUUUUUGGAAUUCUUUAGUAAGUUUGACUGGGAUAAUUUUUGUGUAAGUCUAUGGGGCCCGGUACCUGUUAAUUCUCUCCCAGAUGUGACAGCUGAACCUCCUCGAAAAGAUGGUGGAGAUUUACUACUCAGCAAGUUAUUUCUCGAUGCCUGUAGCUCAGUUUAUGCUGUUUUCCCCGGUGGCCAAGAAAAUCAGGGGCAACCAUUUGUUUCCAAGCAUUUCAAUGUUAUUGAUCCUUUGCGUGUCAACAAUAACCUUGGUCGUAGUGUCAGCAAAGGUAAUUUCUUUAGGAUACGCAGUGCCUUUGCAUUUGGGGCAAAAAGGCUAGCUAGAUUACUUGAUUGCCCCGAGGAGGAAUUAUUUUCUGAGGUGAAUCAGUUCUUUUUGAACACUUGGGACAGACAUGGAAGUGGGGAAAGGCCUGAUGUUCCAACCAUUGACUUACAGCGUUUGAGUUUAUCCAGUCAUGACCAAUUACAGAGGUCUGACAAUCUCCCGAACAAUAACCAUAAAAUUGAUAAUGCUUCUAAUCAUGAAUCAAAAUCAACUGAAGGCGAACGUUUUUCACAAAGUGUUCUUUCUCAGUAUAGUAAUUUAUUAUCUGGAAAGACAUCUGGAAGUGUUUCUGCAGUGUCACAUACUCAGAAUCAAAAGAGUUAUGCAAACCAAAAUAAUUCAAGGACCUUUGAUCAUGUUAGGCGGGAAACUAAUUCUAUUCAAGGUACUCAUUUUGAUAAAGGUCAGAGAAAUGUUAAAACUGAUAACCUAGUUGGUGAUGUUCAGGGAAGGUUUCUGUUUGCCAGGACACGAUCUAGCCCUGAGCUGACAGACUCAUAUGGUGAUGUUCCAAUCCAAGGAAGACAUACAAAAGGAACAGAAAGUAGUAUAGGCCAGAGUUCCUUUGUGAAGUUGGAAAAUAGUCGAAGGAAGAACAUUGAACCUGAUGUAGCUGUAAGAAUGGAUGAGUCAUCUGUAAGGCACAUCUCAUCUCAUCGAUUUCUUGAAAAUGCUGCUGAUUCAAACAGUAAUCAUGAUGAGUCAAGCUCUGGUGUAAUGGGAGAAGAGUUUGCACCUGUUUCUGGUGCAGUUGGAAUGCAGCAUCAAGAGGAGCAGGACCUUUUGAAUAUGAUGGCAUCUCCCACAGCUCAGGGUUUCAGUGGUCAGAAUCAUGUGCCUAUGAAUAUUGCACCUGGUCACCUACCAUUUCACUUUCCACCUUCCAUUCUUGCGUCAAUGGGAUAUACUCAGAGAAACACGGGUAACAUUCCCUUUAUCGAGGCUCCUUGGGGUGCAAAUAUGCAAUUUCCUCAAGGUUUCAUCCCGCCUUUGACUCCUUAUUUCCCUGGCAUAGGAAUGGCCUCAAAUCCUCAAGAUUUACUUGAAACUAACCAUGAAAAUUUCAAUUCAGUUGAGGCGAAUGUAACAGAAGCUGAUGAUUAUUGGCAUGAGCAGGAAAGGAGUUCUGCAAGUGAGAUUGAAGUUGAUAAUGGAAAUCUUGAAAUGGCCCAAGAAGAUAGGCAACAGUCUACUUCAGGUAGUUACAACUCUGCUCCGUCAUCUCAGGUAGGCAGCUCCAACAGUAACAGUUCUGCUGGAGUUCAGCAGAAGUUUACUAAAGAAAACCGAGGGUCAACCAGAGAAGAGCAUAUUGACAAUUUUCAAUUUCCAGAUGGCCGAAGAAAUGAGGUUUAUUUUGAUGAUAGAACAGCAAUUUCAGAGUUAUCCAGUGCACCUCCUUCGAGCUCCUUCAGGAGUAGGACCCCUUCUGAAAGCUCUUGGGAUGGGUCAUCAGUCAAAUCCUCAAAAUCAACGAGGGAGAGAAGGGGGAGAAAAAGCACUCCCUCAGUGCCAUCUCAAAAUCCUGUUUAUGGGAAGGGUAAGAAUGUUUCAGAAAAUUCAUCUAACCGAGUGGAUGAUGAAAACAGAGAAUGGACUCAUUUGUCAACGGUUCCAUCUGACAUGCCAGAAAGAGGCACUUGGCCCACAUCUGGUACUUCCAUACAUGUUCCAAGGAAUCAAAUAUCUAGUUUUGAAACUGCUCAGACUAGUGGACCAGAUUCUCCAUUACCUAUAGCUCCCGUGGUUAUAGGUCCUGGUUCUCGCCCAAGAGCAGUAGAUAAUUCUGGGGUUCUUCCGUUUACAUUCUAUCCUACAGGGCCACCUGUUCCCUUUGUCACCAUGCUUCCUUUAUAUAAUUUUCCAACUGAGUCUUCUGACACUUCAACAAGCAACUUCAAUGUGGAAGAAGGGGCAGAUAACAGUGAUUCAAGUCAGAAUUUUGAUUCAUCCGAGGGAUAUGAACACCCUGAGGUGUCAAGCCCUUCCAAUUCUAUGGCAAGGGUGGCUAUGGAGUCAUCAGAGCACAAUCCUGACAUUCUUAAUAGUGACUUUGUUAGUCACUGGCAAAAUUUGCAAUAUGGCCGAUUUUGUCAAAACACGCGUCAACCGCCUUCAGUGAUCUAUCCUUCACCUGUUAUGGUGCCUCCUGUUUAUUUGCAGGGUCGAUAUCCUUGGGAUGGUCCUGGAAGACCUAUUUCUGGUAACAUGAAUAUUUUUAGUCAGCUUAUGAGCUAUGGGCCACGUCUGGUUCCUGUUGCUCCUCUCCAGUCAGUUUCUAAUAGACCUACCAAUAUUUACCAACGUUAUGUAGAUGAUAUGCCACGGUAUAGAAGUGGGACUGGAACCUACCUGCCAAAUCCGGUGUCUCCUCGGGAUCGACAUUCAACAACUACCAGAAGGGGAAGUUACAAUUAUGAUAGAAGUGACCAUCAUGGUGAUAGAGAAGGGAACUGGAAUACUAACUCAAAAUUGCGAGGAACUGGACGGGGCCAUAAUCGCAACCAAAUGGAGAAGUCCAACUCAAAGCCGGAGCGGUUGUCUACCAGUGAGAGCCGUGCAGAGAGACCAUGGAGUUCACAUAGGCAUGACACCUUCAUUCCUCACCAGAAUGGUCCAGUUCGUUCAAAUUCCUCACAAAGCAAUUCUUCCAAUGUAACUUAUGGAAUGUAUCCUAUACCUGCCAUGAACCCAAGUGGUGUCUCAUCAAAUGGUCCUAUGCAAUCUGUUGUAAUGUUUUAUCCUUUUGAUCAUAAUUCUGGCUUCGUACCAGAAGAGCAGCUUGAGUUUGGGACUUUGGGACCAAUGGGGUUCUCAGGUGUCAAUGAACUGUCACAGGCAAAUGAGGGAAGUCAAUCUAGUGGAGCACAUGAAGAGCAAAGGUUUCGUGGUGGUCACACCCAACGAUCUUCACCAGAUCAACCCUCCUCACCUCAUGUCUCUAGUUUUAUGGUUGUCAACAGGGCUCCCUGAUUCUACUGUCAGAUCGGUGGCCAAGAGGAGUUAACACUUGAAAGAGGAGGAUUUCCUCCUUUUUCGUAGCAGGACCCGGCAGGGCAUGUAACUGGGGAAUACAGUGUCCAUUUCAUGGCAUUACUGUUCUUAAAAUGAAAAGAUCUCCCUUGUUUUUGGCCAGACUCUUGCAUGUACACUUAUAGGUGAUUAACCAACUUUGGUUAAGUUUGUCCAUCCAAGACCAUGUUUUGAGGAUGAACAUGGUGACAGAGAGGAUGCAGGACUCUCCUCCCAGUCUACCAAAAGGAAAAAAAAAAGGAUGGAUUAGAAUUUUAUUGAAACUUUAGACACAUUUUGUAACUCAACAAAAAUUAGAAAACUGGCUUAGGUUCAGAAUUUUAGAAAUUUUACCAUGUUAUAGAAUUGUCAGAUUCUGUUUUAUACAAUGAAUGAAUGUAAUUGGGUACUUGUUUUAGAAUAUGCAGAAGAUCUGUGUUGAGCUUUUGAA